UCCUACGUCCAUCCACGAGAGGGCAAUUCUCUAGAAAGAUUGGGUAUAGGGAUCCUUCUUUUCCUUCAUAAAAAUUCAGGCAUCCAUCUUAACGUCCUUGGAAGAGUUCUUAGUCAUCUCAUAUCCAAAUGGGUCGUUGGGUGAAACCAGAGGUGUACCCGCUGAUGGCAGCCAUGACCUUGGUGACAGGGAUGUGCGUGUUCCAGCUGACAAGGAACAUGAUCUUGAAUCCUGAUGUCAGAAUCAACAAGACUCGCCGAUCGACUGCAAUCCUUGACAAUGCAGAGGAGGGGGAAAUGUACAGCCAACACAGCUUCCGCAAGUUCCUCUACCGGCUCCGUCCUUCAGUCCUGCCAUCUUUCGAUGGCUUAUCCACCGACAGUGACAAAUAAAGCAAUUCACCAAUGCAAUGUCUGUUAUAUAUCGGUAUGAAUACUCAUGUUUUAUCAAGAAUGAUGCAUGAACUUUGAAGACAGAAUCUCUCUCAAUUCAGAGUUUGUAUUAGGAUGAUGCAUCCAUUUUAGAAUAAAGGAAUGGUGUGUUUGAAUUUCAGAAGUUGAAUAAGAUAAGGUGGUAAUUUUUUUGAC